GGAGAAAGUGCGGGGCGAGAGGGACGAGGCGGACGAGCCCGAGCGGCGAGCGAGGAGAGGAAUAGAACGGGGUGACCAGAGAAGAGAGAUCGAGAAAGGCGCGGGAGGAGGAGGUGUUGGUGGGAUCGAUGGCGCGCGCUGCCGUGAGAUUUCGAGCGCCGCAGGUCCAACUAAUGGCUUAAAAAGCUCAAGCUGAUACCUAGUGUGGUCGCUGAAGCCAACUGAACAAAUCUGAAGCUACUCCAUGGCGGAUGUAAAUAAGUUAGCAUGCUUCAGUUUCUUCUGAAAUUAUCCUGAGGUCUUCAUAAGUCAGCCAUUUAGAGCAAACAAUGUCAGCUUCAGAAUUCAGGAUUUCUUACCAGCAAGUAUCAUCUUCACAGCCCGCUGAGAAUAUCGGUCAGUUCAAGAUCUGCCGAUGUGGGGUGGGAGACCCUAACUUCCAGAUCAAAAAUACAUCUGAAACUGGUGGCAUUUCACCAACUACUUGUCCUAACUGUCAGAUUCUUAAGAGUGGAAAUCUACUGCUCUCAUCUAAAGGGAUCGGCUGGACAGUAUGGAAAAAGCGCUGGUUUAUACUUACAAGGACAUCAUUAGUCUUCUUCAGAAGUGAUCCCAAUGCCCCCCCUCCCAGAGGAAGUGAACCAGUUGUUACACUUGGUGGAAUUGACUUGAAUAACACUGGAAGUAUUAUAGUCAAAGAAGAAAGGAAACUUUUAACAGUGGUCUUUCCUGAUGGUCGUGAUGGACGCACUUUCACUCUUAAGCAGGCAGAAACUACAGAAGACCUAAAUGAAUGGAGAAGUGCAUUAGAGAACGCUCUGGCUCAGGCACCCAGUGCAGUGAAUACAGCUGGGCAACAUCCAAUAGUCAGGACUGACGCAACAGAACCUGUUGAAGUUGCCGUUGAACUGUGUAAGCUAUGUUUACUCUUCUCGGAAGUUGCAACGGAGGAUAACUCUGUAAUUGGCAGACCUGCAGAAUUUGCACUUGUAGAUGCUGAUGGCAGUCCAUCUUUCCUGGAGAAGGCCUUGAAGUUCAUCGAAGAUUAUGGUGUCAAGGUAGAAGGAAUCCUCCGUCAGUCUGCUGAUGUUGAAGAAGUCAAACGCAGGGUUCGGGAUUAUGAACAGGGAAAGAAUGAGUUCUCCCCAGAAGAGGAUGCACAUGUUAUUGGUGACUGUAUUAAGUACGUUCUUCGAGAGAUGCCAUCAUCUCCAGUUCCUGCAACAUGCUGCACCGCCCUGGUUAGAGCUUACCGAACUGACAAGACAAGAAGACUAGAUGCUAUGAAUAGAGUGAUAUAUGAAGUUUUCCCGGAACCAAAUCAACAGUUGUUGCAGAGGAUUCUCAAGAUGAUGCAGAUUGUUGGAUCGCACAAAGCUGUAAAUAGGAUGUCUCAAUCUGCUUUGGCGGCUUGCAUGGCACCACUUCUUCUUCGGCCUCUUCUUCUUGGUGAAUGUGAAAUUGAUAGUGACUUUAGUAUGGCUGGGGAUGGUUCAUUCCAGUUGCUUCAAGCUGCUGCUGCUGCCAACCAUGCUCAAGCUAUUGUUAUUAUUAUGCUUGAGGAAUAUGAUCAGAUAUUUGAUGAUAUAGAAGAUGGUUCCUAUUCUUCAGACGCUUAUACAGAGUCUGACAGUGGUGACAUUGACAAGGAAUAUUCGACAGACAAUGGCAUUCCUGAAGAGGAUGGUUCUUAUGAUUCUAAAGAUGACAUUGCAGAAGAUUUGGAUGAUAACACAGACGAGAAGGUUAAUAACAAUAUCUCGGGCACUGCAUGUAAUGACAAUGAUAAAGCUGUUCAACCUCCUGUGAGGGCCGUAAGAACAGAACAUGGUGUGUCAAGGGAAGGUAGUAGUAAAAUUUCUUCUCUUCUACAAGUGGAUGAUACCUCUCAAAUGGAGAGCAACAGUCCAUCCCAGUCAAAACAAGAAUCAUGUGAAUCAAAUGGGUCCACAGAUCAUAUACGAAAACCAAAUGCUCAUUCUUCAUCAUCUUCAAGAGCAAAGUUUAUGGAGAAAACAAGCAGCUCAUCUAAUGAGAGCACACGGACCUUAUGGAGCCAUACUUCAGCAAGAAAAGACAUGUCAACAGAGACUGCCUGUUACAGUGAUGAUGAUGAGGCUCAUAUUGAGAACCUUGAAAACAACAAGAGUCAACUCCAUUCUAAGAUUACAAAGGAGGUCAAGGAAAAUGCAAUCCUCCAGGGAAGUCUAGAAAGGCGAAAAGAAGCAUUACACGAGCGCCGUUUAGCACUCGAAAAAGAAGUGGAAAACUUGCGGGACCAGCUGCAGAAGGAGAGAAAUCUGAGGGCUUCAUUGGAGUCUGGGCUGAUGAAUAUGCGAAGAGGACAGGUGUCUUUCCCGUCAACAAUAGACAGCAAGACUAAGGCUGAUCUUGAGGAAGUUGCUACCGCUGAAGCUGAUAUUAUGAACUUAAAGCAAAAGGUUUCUGAUCUUCGUGGACAACUCAACAACCAGGUCCAGCUGAGUUCCACCUCAUUAUGUGAAUCAUGCAACAAGCGAAUCCUAAAUACUGACAAACUUGCCAAAGAUGAACAAAAUGCUGCCCUUUCUCCAGAGGUUAACUCCUCAGUUGAAACACCACCAAUUGUAGGGCCUAAUUCUGUACCUGGCAUGGUCUCGACUACAGACAUGGCAGAUAUUGAGCAACCAAGUAAGCAGGCCACACACAAUUCACCUUCUUCAACAGACAAGCCGGAUCACCAGAAGCAGCAACUGAGUACUAACUACAAAUGUAAUACAAGUUCAGGUGUCACAUCUACUGAGCAGGCAGGCACAAUCAACCAAAGGGCUCAAAAAGUGUUGCCUUCGAAGGGUGAAGUUGCGAAGGACAGCCAAGACGGAUCAACUAUAUCGAGGUGGAACUUUGCCCAGAGACAGUACUCAAAUAGCCCACUUAUAGGCAGGCUUCAAGGAUCCAGUGCCUAUUCAAGUACUAAAACAGAGGAAUCUGGGUCUGCACCUUCUGCAUUAGCCAAGCUGACUAGCCGACUCAACUUUUUGAAAGAAAGAAGGGCACUGCUUGCUAGUGAGAUGCAAAACUUAGAUCUAGCUCGCCCCCAGGGGCCUACAGCUCCUCCGAAAAGAGACUCCAGGUGAGAAGCAGGAUUGUAUUAUUGCAUCAUUCUUUGGCUACAAGAACCUUGUGCUAUCAAAAUGAGACGCGACUAGCUUAUGAUGGAAGAAGCCCAGAUGCAGUCUUUGAUGAUGCAGUGAUGUAUAGUCCUGGAAAAGGCUGCUGGCAGAUUAUACAGAAACCGUUGAUUGGGCAAACAUCCAUAGCUCUAGAGUAACGUGAUCUGUAAUUUGAGCAGGUUAACCGUGUUUUGACAAUGACGUUUCAUGUGCCAGUUUAGCAGCAAUAUUGACGGGUAAUCUGGUUUGUAUUAUUCUCCAAAAUCUAUAGGCCGAAGUGCUGUCGGCUGUCGCCCUACCUCUUUCGGUAGCUUGACUGCUUGUGGGAGUAGCAACGGAUCUCCUUGCUGUACAUCACCACCACCACCACUUGUCAAUUGUGAUCAAGCUUUGCAAAUAUACUAGUAUAUUCUUUAAGAUAAUGUAUGAGCUAAUGGCAAUUCAGUGCUAAAAAGAGCGACAGA